GGUGCGGGCGACUACUGCAGGCAGGACAUCAAUGAAGAGCAAGAGUGGAAGCAUGAUAGAUUGCUCCUCCUGAGGAAGGGUGACGUACAAGCCGAGAAUACAAGACACGGCAAGAAGAGGGACGGUGCUUUAAAGGAUACGGCGCAAGAAAGAGUCUUCAGAGAUCCUGAGCGCUCUGUCAAUUACGAAAGAGAAAGUCUCGGUAAGAGUAAACAAAGGAAAAAGAGGGCGGAACCGAGUUCACCAGAGGAGUUUAACAGGAGGGACAAGAAAGAUAAUCAGAAUAGAGUAAUCACGGUGGAGAAUGCUCCUGGAGGAAGCCAUGGAAAUCAGAGAGAGAUGAUAGAACAUCUUGAGAUGAAACGAAGCCAAGAAGAGGAGCGCUGGUUUUAUGAAAGUCGAACUCGCAUCCUGGAGCUGGAUCGGCGGUGGUGGCGGCGGUGGCGGCGGGGUAGUUGGGGCAGCGGCCGCGAGGCGCGACAGCGCUUCGCCGUAUAUAGCGAGCGGGCCGACCUUUGCGGCAGCCACUGUCCCGCCGCCGCCGCCGCCGCCGCCGCCACCUUCGCCGCCCCCACAGCAACGCAGCCCGCAGACUCCGGGCCGACCAACAGUUCGGAAAUCUGCUCGAGCGAGUUGCUUCUUGGCGAGUCCACGGCGCAGGCGUGGGCACCAGAGUUGGGUUGCAGCAUAGGGACUGGAUGU